AUGGCAGCAGUGAUUAGGAUGCACCCCAUGUUGCUUCAACUCACUCUUACUUCUUUCGUCUUCUUGAGCUGUUUGAGGAACGGGAAUGCGGGGAUCACAAGCACUUUCAUCCGAUCCGAGUAUCCAUCCGUGGAUAUCCCUCUUGAUAAUAAAGUAUUUGCUGUUCCAAAGGGUCAUAAUGCUCCACAACAAGUGCAUAUCACCCAAGGUGACUAUGAUGGAAAGGCUGUUAUCAUCUCCUGGGUUACUCCUGAUGAACCAGGGACGAGUAAAGUGCAAUAUGGUACAUCAGAGAAUGGAUACGAGCUUUCUGCAGAGGGGAUUGUGACAAACUACACAUUCUACAAAUACAAGUCUGGGUACAUCCAUCACUGUCUUGUUGAUGGCCUAGAGCAUGACACGAAGUACUAUUACAAGAUUGGGAGUGGCGAUUCUUCUCGAGAAUUUUGGUUUACAACACCUCCAAAGAUUGACCCAAAUUCUCGUUACACAUUUGGGAUCAUAGGUGAUUUGGGUCAGACAUUUAACUCUCUAUCAACUCUUGAGCAUUACAUGCAGAGUAAGGGACAGGCUGUUUUAUUCCUUGGAGAUCUUUCCUAUGCUGACAGAUAUCAGUAUAAUGAAGUGGGUUUACGGUGGGACACAUGGGGUCGAUUCGUUGAGCAAAGUACUGCAUAUCAGCCAUGGAUUUGGUCUGCUGGCAAUCAUGAAAUUGAGUUCAUGCCUUAUCUGGGAGAAGUUACUCCUUUCAAAUCCUAUCUUCAGCGGUAUGCUACUCCUUAUUUGGCCUCCAAAAGUAGCAAUCCUCUUUGGUAUGCCAUCAGACGUGCAUCGGCUCAUAUAAUCGUACUGUCCAGUUAUUCUCCAUUUGUGAAAUACACACCUCAAUGGAGGUGGCUAGAAGAAGAAUUGAAAAGGGUUGACAGGGAAAAAACACCUUGGCUCAUCGUCCUUAUGCAUGUUCCAAUCUACAAUAGUAAUGACGCACAUUACAUGGAAGGUGAAAGCAUGCGAGUAGUGUUUGAGAGUUGGUUCGUUCAUUACAAAGUUGAUGUAAUCUUUGCUGGCCAUGUCCAUGCGUAUGAGAGAUCGUAUAGAAUCUCAAAUAUACACUACAACAUAACAAGUGGUGACCAGAACCCCAUACCAGACAAUUCAGCUCCUGUAUACAUAACUGUUGGAGAUGGAGGGAACCAAGAAGGACUUGCUGGAAGGUUUAGAGAUCCACAACCAGAUUAUUCUGCGUUCAGAGAAGCCGCCUAUGGACAUUCUACGCUUGAGAUUAUAAACAGGACACAUGCACUCUACCACUGGAACCGCAAUGAUGACGGGAAGAAAAUUGCAACUGACGCAUUUGUAUUACACAAUCAGUACUGGGGUAUGAAUCGUAGGAGGCGAAAACUGAAGAAGCAUUAUGUUAGGAAAAGUUUGGAGCAGAUCGCAAUUUAUUGA